AUGAUCAGGAGUGUCCCGGAUAAGCAGCCACUGCUCAUCGCAGGCGACUUCAAUACCCGAGUGGGAACUGACCACGACUCCUGGCCGACUUCUCUAGGCAAGUUUGGCACAGGAAACAUGAACGAGAACGGUCAACACUUGCUAGAACUCUGCUGUCAUCAUGAGCUAUGCAUCAGCAACACAUUCUUUAACACAAAACCACAGCAUCGAAGCGCUGACUGCGACACCGAUCACUCUUUGGUAUGCAGCAAGGUGAAAUUUCAGGCAAGGAGACUUCACUGCACAAAGAAGGAGGGCAGACCUCGCAUAGAUGCCAGCAAGACACGAGACCAGACCAAAGUGGAGGAGUUCCCUCACAAGCUAGAAGAAUCUUUUCUCGGACCACCCACUGCCAGUGCCCAAGAACAAUGGCAACACUUCAGAGAUUCCAUCUAUAAUGCCGUAAUGACCACCUUUGGAAAGAAGACCAGCAAUUCUGCAGACUGGUUCGAGGCCCACUCAGAAGAAAUGACACUAGUCAUAAAAGAGAAGAGGAGAGCCCUGACAGCGUACAAAGUAUGCCCAAGUGAACGGAACCUACAGGUUCUCCGCACAGCUCGCAGUAAGGUCCAGUUGUGCGCCAGGCGGUGCACAAAUGACUACUGGACUCAGCUUUGCUCCCAGAUCCAGACAGCAGCUAACACAGGCAAUGUCAGAGCGAUGUACGAUGGCAUUAAACAGGUACUGGGUCCGACACAAAAGAAAAGCGCUCCCUUGAAGUCCACUGCUGGUGAAGUCAUUCAAGACCGGGCUAAACAGAUGGAACGAUGUGUAGAGCAUUACUCCGAGUUGUAUUCAAAGGAGAAUGCGGUCACUGAAGAUGCCCUAGAUGCCAUCGAAUGCCUACCAGAGUUGGAGGAGCUCGACAGUGAGCCUACCAUAAAAGAAUUGAGUAAGGCACUGGACUCCCUCUCUGCUGGCAAAGCACCUGGAAAUGAUGGCAUUCCUGCAUGA